CUGCCCACCCACCUGGGGUCCUCUUAGCUUGUAGGACCCUCAGCAGACAUGAAGCAGCGAAUCCUCUCUCAUUUCACCAGCUUCCUCCUUGUGGCCCUGCUGUUCCCAGAACUGCCCAGAGCCCGUUUUGUUAACCAUUUUGGCAUUGAGGUUACCACAGAACCUGGCAAAGAAUCUCCUGGACGAGGAACAAAUGGGUCUCACUUGUUACACCAUCAUGUAAAACGUGGCUUCUUGCCACCACGCACUCCCCCUUAUCCUGAACCUGAACUAGAUUUCAAAGUUGUCAACUGCAAGAGAAGUGAAGGUUUCUGUCAAGAAUAUUGCAAUUACUUGGAAACACAAGUAGGCUACUGCUCUAAAAAAAAAGAUGCCUGCUGUUUACAUAGGAGCUGAUGUGGCCAAUACAGAAACCAAGGCUCUGCCCACCUGCUUGUUCUAGGCACAUUGUGCAUCCAGGCACAGGCGUUUUGGAGAAGUGGCUGACCAGGAAGGAACUGAGACAUUACCAUCUGUGCCAGACAGUCUGAACAUUAUGGCAAAAUGGAUGAGAAAGCUGGCUACAUAUGCUCUUGUACAAAAUGACUUAGUCUGGAAUGUACAGAAUCUUCAAAACCACACAAUUUAUGCUAGUAGAUGUGGACAUAAUAAACUUUCAUAGGAAAGCAUGAAAAUAUUUUGUUAUUUUAUUUAACAAAUAGCUUUGAGUACCUACUUUUGUUCUAAGCACUGAGAAAUGUAGUGAAUUUGGCACAUAAAUAAGAUACACAGGGAGACACAUAUUUGAACAAAAACAAUACACCAUAAAUGGAGCAGAUUAAUGUAAGACAACUUGAAAAGGGUUCCUGUGGAAAUAUGAGCAAAUUAGAGAAUGCUCAGGAAUUUGCUAAGUUGAGUGAGGCAGAGAUUUCCAAGCUAAGAGUAUAGUUUACAGAUGGGCAAUGGAGACAUAAAACUACGGUUUGUUAAAUAAAUGGGGAGAAGUCUAACUGUGAAAGAGA